AUGGCGCCGCGUCCGUCGGCGCAACGGCGCUCCAUUGCGCAAAGCGAGGCUUUCCACGACCUGGGUGUCAGGGGCCGGAAAACAGGCGUCUUCCUCAAGGAUACCGGUGCACGCGACGAGCAUGGCAUGCAGCCACUGGACGACAUCUUUUCCUCUCCUGAGAAAGACAGCCAGAACGGUGUUGAAGAAGACGAGGAAGAGGCGGAAGAGAGCGACGAAGAGCCCAUGGAUAUUGACGAGACCACCGGCCCAGCGCCUUCAGCAUUCAUGAACGGCAGUCGCUUCCCUCCAGCGCGCGCAAGGUCACCGCCCAAAACCAACAUGCAGUCCCCAGCGAGGCGGAAUCCCCACCUUGGCCACUCAUCGUCACCCAUCCGUGGGUCCGUCGUACGGCCCAGCGAUGUAUCGUCUUCUCCCAGACCAGCAAAGCCUCCUCAAAGGAAACUCGAUUUCAAGAACAAGCCAAGCCUCGCGAAAACCAAUGGUAUCAAUGGGAAGAGUAAGGCGGUUGCAACUACGAAUGGGCACGUCUCGCCUGCUGAGGAUGAAUCAGAGGAAGAACCCCAGCUUGACGAAGAAUCAAUGGCGAUUCUAGACGGAGGUGACGACGACGCCGGGGUUGACGGAGAGGGACCUGAGGAUGAUGAUGAUGCUACGGAGCCUGCAGAUGCCGAGGAGGAAGAGGAGGAAGAAGAGGCGCCCCCGACGCCUCCUGCGGCCAAGCGCAAGGGUCGACCAAAGAAAGCGGCCCCCGUACAAGAACCAGAAGAGGCGUCCGAAGAGGCAGUCGAAGAGCAACUCGAGGAGGAACCAAUCGUGCAAUCCAUCGAGGCUGACACAGAGCCGCCACACAGUGGCAAGAAGAGAGGAAGGCCCCCAAAGAACAAGGACGCCGAAGAGGAGACUACUGGGCAGCCAUCAAAGAAAAAGGCAAAACGGGUAUCCGACGUUGCUGAAAACGAGACCGGGGAAUCAUCCCAGCAGGCUAAUGGACGGAAACGCGGUCGGCCUAAGGCUGUUAAGCCUACGGGGAACGACGACACUUCGAACUCAAAGAAGCCAGCCAUACCAAAGCAAAAGCGAGCUCAGAAGCAGAGGAUAUCUACCGGUAUUGGCGAUACGUCUGUCGCAGAGGUGCCGCGCGGCCCACCACUACCGAAAUCAAGAGGCUUAAUAAUCUCGCGACGCGAGGCCCCCGGCGGCCUGACGACGCGAUCCGGGCGCACUUCUUACCAACCGCUUCAGUACUGGAAGAACGAGCACGUAGAAUUGGAUGACGAUGAAAUAUUUGACGACGGCAAGCAACAUUUCAAGCUCUCGCGCAUCAAGGAGAUCGUCCGCUACGACGACCCUGAACCUGAGCACAAGACAGGGUCUCGUCGCAAGGGCGGCAAGUCCGCAGCGGGGAGGAAGGCCAAGCGGCGAGACUACGACUCGGAAGAGGACGAGCUUGAGCCUUGGGAGGAAAACGCCGACUCCAUCAUGGGCGAAGUGGUCGUCUGGCAGCCUGAACACGAGCUGAACCCGCCCGGCCCAGACGAGCAGAUCGAAGUGGCCGAGGAGCAGCUGGCCGUUUCCGCGGGUGCGAUCAUCACCAAGGAGAUCCGCAACGCGACCUUCAAGUUCGCAAAGACGCUGAGCACGCCAUUCUUCGGGGCCGGCGUGGUCGACCUUCCGCCACACUCGGAAAAGAAGCCCAAAAACUCCAGGAAAAUGCACAUGGCCUUUUUCGUGUUCUCGGGGCGGGUUCAGGUCACAGUGGCAGACACGACGUUUAGCAUUGGGAAGGGGGGCAUGUGGUUUGUGCCAAGAGGCAACUAUUACAGUAUCGAGAACGGCCACGAUCAGCCGGCGAGGAUUAUGUUUUCUCAGGGCUGUGAGGUGCUUAGCGGUGCUGCAGGCGAGGCCAGCAUGGUUGCAUAA